AGCGGACAACACACGACACAGAAGAAGAUGAUUUACGGAGGGCUGAAACCAAGCUCGCGCUUUCACAGGCACAAUUGCAAUCUACUAAAGAAGAGAAGAGCAGACUCGAGGGAGAUACAGCGACACUACGGGGAAGCCUUGAAGACGUGGAGGGGAGGGAGCGAAAUGCCGACGAGACUUUGCUAUCGGAGGGUGGCAUAUUCCGAAAACUUUCGGACGAAGUAUCUGCAUUGAGGGAGGGCCUCACAGAUUUGGUGGCAAUUGGUGCUGCUCGAGGAGGUGGGACUGCCGGGGGCCAAGCAGCUGACCUUGCCGGCGUCGGAGCGGACGAACUGGAAGGCGAGAUCCGAGCAGCCGAAAGUCACAAGACUACAGCUAAAUCUGCAUACCAAGCUGCGGAGGGCCGCACACUCACAGAGCGACAACGCUCUGAUGCAAUUACGGGUCAGGUGGAAGGCCUUGAGCGGACACAGCAAGAGUUCGAGGGCGAACGCACUACAUUGGAAAGAGAAAUACGAGAGGCCGAGGAUGCUACAAAAAAGCUGCGGAAUGUUAAGGGCUCCAAAAUUGCCAAAACAUGUCACAAUAAAUAUUUCAGGAAGGAGAUCUGACUUUCUGCCAAGAGGGUCAAAUCAACGGCACAGAAGGCAACUCAACCGACAAUCACGGACAACAAUCGACCACCAUUCCUAGAAGAGGGUCCCCUGCUCCUGGACAAGACUCCUAAGAAUGCGAAUCAUUUUUCAGGUGGGUAAAUAGACUGGAGAAUAUUUUUCCUGUUGAACUUGUACAUUUGAUGAAAGACUUUGACUCACUUCUAUUAGAAUCCCCUCAAGACUUAUUCUAAGAUUACGAAGACUGCAUCCGAGAAGUCACAAAUAGUCCAUCGAGAACUGGAACAAGCCCAAGGUGAGGCUCGAGCGAGUGCCGGAAAGGUCGCGGUUCUGCAGGAAGAGAUCGAGAGAUUGAACGAACCCAGUCCGGGAGACGAUCUCGAGCAGUUGCAGAGAGAGCUUCACGAAGCUAAAGUUAAGACCACGAGUUUCAGUCUCACUUACCACAGUGUAGUCGGGUUGCCUGGAUCUCUGCAUUAAGCGAGUCCACCUCUGUCUCUGUUGAGACUGGGUGUAAGCAUAGUUGAUUCAUCAUGACAUUAUAUGGGGGAAAGGAAGUCUCUUUUUAGUCCUCGGGAACAGUGAAUUGAGCUCGUAAGUGAUUUAAGUGAUUUCUUGUACUGUUCUAUCUAUGCAAUUUACCUUGUUCACAAUUUAGGCAAUUCACCUGCACAGAUCUAGUCCCUCCACUGAAUCGCUUCACCCACAAGUCUUUCCACAUGGGCCCUCCACAUAGUCCCCUCCCAAAAAAUUGUGGCAUCUUUAUUACGCUCGUGCCAUAUUAAGCUUGCUAAUGCAACAACGGCGGUCGCAGAGCGGGAGCGCCUUGGCGAAACAGAGGGAGAAGUCGUUUCGCUUAGGAGAGACAUUGAAGCACUCAGCCAGCCGUCCGCACAGAGCCCGUUGAGGGAUUUGGAGGAUAGGGUUCGGGAUGCAGAGACUGAGAUAAGGCUAAUGGCCCUCUAAAGGCUUUUAAUCUUUGUUCUACAACACGACAAUGUGCUGAAUAGUUUUCCUUCUUUUGCUUCCUAUUUUAGACCAACACCUAUGUUGAGCAGCCAAAUGAUCCCUAUGUAUAAUUCCCUUGUUCUAAUCUCAGAUACUCCUUCUAGCAGGUCAACAGAAUUGCUUCGUCAUGCUUCUAAAAUAAGCUCAAACUGCGGAAGAUGCUUACAACCUGCUCAAGGACAGGGUGAAGUUGCGUGAGGAGCUGCAGGAGGCGACGGCUCGUGCUGCAGAAGCGAGGCGAGACCUGGUCGCUGCGGCCGCUAGUCUAGAGGAUAAAAAUGCCGAGGUGGAAAGGCUCACAGGAGCGAUUAAUCAAAUUAGAGCUUCUGCCCAAAGUCAAGAAGCUGGUGGGGGGCUGCCCAGUAGCGAAGGUCAGCCUGGUGAUCCACGUGUGCUACGGCGACUGGGUGAGGAAUUGGAGGAGGCAGAGAGAAAACUCGGCGAAGCGGUGCGUGAAUACAACGCAGAAAAGGAUUUCGUGAAGGGGGAAGAAGACACGGCAGAGCAGCUACGGAAGAUUGCAGAGGACCUGCGUCGGAAGCAAGAAAAAGCGAAUGAACACCUGGAACGGCUUAAAGAAAACAAGAAAUUGGAAGAGUUAUGACUCUGGUACUGGUAUUUUCGUCAUCUACAUCUACCAGUACGCAUGAUGUUGAGACGAGUCUCCAAUAUGUAGAACGAAAAAUACUUAUGUUGAUUUUCGUAGGCUUUUGUACUCGAAGGUAGCUAUUAGCAUAACGAAAUUAUCCCUUCAUAGACGGAGAUUGCGGAGCUGCAGACAAAAUUUGGCGCAAUAAACGCUGACCCUGACGUAAAUAGACGCUUGGAAAACGAUGACCAGGUAAAGACGGCAAAGCAGCGUCUAGAAGAGUUAAGAAGGGUUCUUCUGACUUUACAUCAAUUAGCUGGAGUUAUUUAUUAGUGUUCUGAAAGCGAGUGUAGUCUGAGGAAGAAAGGAGUCAAGGGUUCCUCAUAGGCAGCGUAGUUUCCUGAAGAGUACUGCAGAGACAUGAGACCUCGCUUCCAUUAUCUAGUGGCUUAAAGCUUCCAUCAGCGACUUUUUUGAGUCUCCUUAGUUCUUUAGUUGACAAUAUAAAUAUCUUCUUUAAGGAGACAGGUCUUGCUUCACUCACUCGCGUUGAAGGAUGUCGGGUUUUUUACCAUUCUUUACUCCCACUAUGAUUUAUUCUCACUACGCUGUCUUCCAUCUUCUAAGACAAGCGGUAGCGGCCGAAGAGGCCAUUGAAGCGCAGGCACGCGCGGCUGAUAAUGAAGCGAACGCUGUAGGUAGGGAGGCGGUGACUGCGAAGAAUGAACGAGAAGAAGAGAACACAAUUCUAAACAAGGCAAAAGAAAAUUACGGAAACGGCCCUCCAAUGCAGAACUUCAACUUUUUUCAGGUGUUUUUUGGUUUUCCACUUGUAAAAAUGGAAAACAAGGGCUGAAACGUGUUCUCCCGGUUUUCGCAGAUGCAAGAUGUCGCAUCUGAAUUGCUUUCGAACAGGUUCAACAGAACGAGAAUGUUUUAAAUUAGAUGUUCCAUGCAGACUAGUCAGCCGCAACCUUUAAGGAAAGGCACAAGUGAAGCGUGGUGCACUGGCUGUGGCAGAGAGAGACGCGAACGCAGACGCAAGGCGACUUGAAGAUGGGCGCACUCUGGAGGCCGACGAGCUUCAAAGGGUGCGCGAUGAGGUUGCAAGAGCCGAAGAGGAAGCAACUAGGAAAAAAGAGUUGCUGGAAACGGCUGAAAAAGAAAGAGAUGACGCGAGGGCUGCAGCUGAGGCUGCUGAAGGAGCUGCCAAGGGUGCGGAAGACGCGGCACAAGUCCAAAAUUAGGUCAGAUGCUCACAAAAAAGACCACUUCUGACAUCAUAUGUACAACGUAUUACGAUAUUGAUUCAUUAUAUUCAAACAGCAUGCGUGCAUAGGCUCCGAGGCCCUAUUUUUAUUUUCACGCAUCAUGGAUGCAGCAGCUCUAUGUUUAUUAUCCCCUUGCGAUACUCUGUCUAGGGCGCAAUGUAGUUAAAGCUGUCUGCUUUUCUGUCGAUCUUGUCACACCGAUUCGCUCUGCGUGUAGGUGCCAUAUGCCUAUUAGGGGCGCACAGAAUAGAAUAAAAGCGUAAAAGUUCUACUUCUAAGAAGAAGAGAAUGCAGAUACUGCGCAGGCGGCAGAGCAAGCCGCCAAUGAAGCGAAGCGGACUGCGGACGAUGCUGCACAGGCAGCCGAAGCAGAUCAGGCUACUGCUGAGGGUGCGGCGGAUACAGCGGAAACUGCGGCCGCAGAUAUGGGGGGUCACUCAGUAAAGCUCAUCGUAGCAUUUUUUUCAAUGCACACUAGACCUCCUAGAGCGAAGUCUUCUGUGCAUCUAGAUGAAGUCUUCUAUUUAGUGAAGUCUUCUGCUUAGCCAGAAGUCUACUUCUUUUUAUAUGAAGCCGUCUACCUAUUCCUAAUUUCGAAGCGAAAAGGAAGGGAAACGAGGCUAAAGAGGAAGCUCGGAAAGCGAAAGAAGAGGAGGAGAAAUUAUGUGCAGCAGGUCAGAGAAAUCCGGAGAACUCAGAAGAGAUCCAGGAAAGCCGUGGGCCCAAUCUGAACCGACUAGCGUCGUCGCGUGUAGUAGGUCACAACGCCAAUGCGAUCUAUCUCUUGCCAGGCACGCCAGUCAAUCAAUCAAUCAAUCACAGUCAAGAAGUCAAUCAGUCAGUCAAUCAACCAAUCGAUCAAGCAAUCAGUAGAAGACGGGCAGCAAGUAGACGGGUAGUAGGUCAGUAAGAAACUAGUAUCGUCUUACAAAUUUGAAUCUGAGUUAUACAUAGUACGUAGCAUACUUAGAUCGCGUCGUUACUACAUUUUGAUCGAUGUACUUUUUUCUUUCUUGUACCACAUCACAGGCUCUUCCGCCCACUUGAGUAAUAUGAAAGAUAAUAUGUAUAAGUAGAUGUGAAUGGGAUCAGUCACUACCUCUAAAGAAAUUACUGUUCGUUAUUUGUAAGUAGAUUUGGAGUCGACCACUACUUCUAAAGAAAAUUCAGGAAGCUCUUGCUGCCGAAAACGCGGCCGCUGCGGCUGCCAGUGAGGCCGCCCAAACAGCUAAGGACGAAGCAGAAACAGCGCAAAGCGAGGCAGCAGAGGCUACGCAACAAAAAGAGGAAUUAUGGCGACUUACCGGGAAAUAUCAUCUUGAGUGAGAUCGAGAAGCAGCUUUUUUGGCGUGAGUUUGUUUCAUCCAAGGGUAAAAAACGUCGUCAAAGAUAAUAUGAUUUAGAUUUUCAACAUGGAUUGAAUGAAUUAAUAUGGGUAAGGUCUAAAGGAUGCACAGAAGACACUUGACGAAAGGAAAGAGGAGCUUACUGGCCAACAGGCAGCCCUGGAUGCGGCAAAGACCGCGCAGACGGAGGCGGAAACCGAACUACAGGCGGCACGUGAGGAGGAAAACAAAGCUCGCGUGGAGCAUCGCCAAGUCUUUGAACUAAGGCUAACAUGACAGUGGAGAGGAUAGUCUAAUUUGAGCGGUUUCAUCUUCUCGCUGUAAGGACUUAUGUACUACGGCUGCAAUGUCUUGGGAGGGGGCGCGAUCAUCUGAAGGAUUUCUAACCUAACCAACGUCUUCAGCCCCAUUGCUGGCUCAGUUUCUACCUAACAAGGGAAAAACUGUUUUGCCCCGCCUUUAGGGUAGUAGAACUAAAAAAAUGGGACGGCGCCAUGAUGAUGACACCAACGAUGGCCCCAGGGACGCGACGGAUUCGACGAGAGGGGUUUACGCGGUUACUUCAGUGUUUCGACUAGCUCUAAUUGAUACGAAGGCCGCGGCAGACGAUGUGCGGGAAGCAGCACAAGAGGACCUGAACGCAGAGGUCAUUGUGGUCCGGGAUAACAAGGAAAUUGUGGAGACCUAGGGCAAAUGAUAAAGACGAGUAAACGGUUCUUUUUUCCCUCAUAAGCCCUAGGAUGGAGUAGAGGAGUCAUAAUUACAGAUGAGUGAUGAGUUUGCUAGAUUGUCAUAACAAAUCUAGAGGGGUCAAUUAUAAGUAGAUCAAUUUGCUAGAUUGUCAAAUCAAACCUAGAGGAGUCCAUUACAGAUUAUGAGUCAGAUAGAUUGUCAAAAUUGCUAAUAGUACUAUCAGAGCCAGUCUCAAGUACGGAUGGAUGUAGAUUUGUGGCCGAGUGUACGGUCUUUUGCGCCCCCAGUAUGCAACUUGGAUGUUUUAUAUAGGUUAAUUAAUUGAUUGAAAGGGCGUUGGCAUAUAGUCCUAACGCAAAAAAAAAACGGAUGCUACGAACAGCGAGCAUCAUCAGAGACGCACACAUGACAUAAGCAGUAAAGAAUUGAACUACGAGAUGUCGACUCUUUACACUGAGCGAGAUGCUUCUAAUGCCUUCAAGAGGAGCAGGCUAAGCAAGCACUACGUGCAGUCGAGGAUCAAGCUAAACAGCUGCAGACAGAUUUGGAUUAUGACUACAUCGUUUCAUCACCUUCGCUUAGAAGAUUGUAAUAUUAUGUAUGAAUCACUUUAGAUUUAGUACAGGAUUGGACACCGUGAGAUGAUGAUGAUGACGAUGAUAGUACAGGAGUAGCGUCUACAAAUUCUAUAGGACAGUUCAACAGAUCCAAGGCACACAGAUAGAUUAGAUCUAAACCAAAGCAGUGGACAAAAAGAAAGAAGAACUGGAGACGCAAAAAUUAUGGUGAGCUUUUAUCCAUCUCGGUAUCUUGGUCCACUUUUGCCCUGUAUUCUCAUGAAAUACAAGGGGAAAGGGGUCGAGAUGUGGGGGCCGAGAUGAAUAAGAAAGCGCGGACUCUAAAAAAAGCUGCGUCACUGGAUGAAACCACUUUGACUGGUGGUUGCAAUGCUUGUGCUGGAGACGAGACGCAGUUGGAUAUUAUGCUUUCAAAGUGAUACUUACUCUUCAUCUAGAAAGGAACUUACUUUUUCGACCUGGAUUGUGUAAUAGUCCUCUAGUACACAGCUUCUACUCGCCUAAAUAGAAAUACUGACUUUGAAAAGUCCUCGGUAUACCUCACCACUUUCUGAGGCUGACAAGGUUGCUUUGACCUCUUCAGCCACGAUGGAUAUCAUAUGAUCGCAGGACCUCGGCUGGUGUACAACGGUUUACAAGUCUACCAAGCUAGGAGGCCGCGGGAGCUCGAUGUGAAGGGUCCCUAACCUAACCUAACCUAACCGAACCUAACCUAGCCAAGUAUAUUACUCUAAGACACGCUGUGGCUGUGAUGUGGAAAAACUUACCAAAGAGGAGCAAGAGGAAAAAGAAAUGCUGAACCGGGGUGACGAUUUCUAAGGCAUUAUAGGCAUUCACGGGCACAAGGAACAAUUCCGCGGCGGUUAUUAUUCAUCGUCUCCUUCCUCUUAACGCGAUUAUACUUAGUUAUAACUUUGAUGGCUAAUCAUAUUUUUGUCUCGCAUGUUGCUCAUGAUCGAUCGGUCCUCUUGCUCUUCAUUAGUGAAGGCACAGGAAGGCUGAAUAACCUCAAUACCAUUAGUUAGAAUGGGCCACGAGGUAUCAUGGCGCAUGACGCUCCUGAACAGGAUCGAGGUCACACAUAUAUCAAAGACUUCGACCUGCGUAGCUUCACCCUUCUAAACUUGCGUUGUAGGUUCCUUCAUGGAAGACGGUGGGAAAAAAUUCUGGCGGCUUCCGAUGUCAGUGCAAGAUGCGGAUGCUUGGUUUCUUGCGCUACUGUUCUUUCUCUACCUUGGCUUUCUUGUUCUUAGGACUUGUUCUGGUGGUAGAUUAUACAUGCUAUUCUCUGCUACCCCCGCUUCCUUGUAUGAGUACUCGUUCUUAGAUUCCUUGUAUGAAUACUUAUAUAUGUACCAGGGAGGGAGGCCCCCCCCUGUGGAUGGAUCGGGGGUGGACCCCGCCAGAGGGGUCCAGCCUUGCCACCUUAUUGGCCAGGUCUGUCGAGGGGCUGCCGGGCGGGAAGGCCUCAAAGCGCUCACUUCUGACCCCUUCCCGCUUCUUGCGUGUACCCUACAGACCUGGCAAAGGUGGCAAAGGCUGGGCCCUCUUGUCGUGUUGCGUGUACCCGACAGAGCUGGCAGACGAGGCAAGGCGGGAACCCACCCCCUUGGCGUAGGGUUGGCAACACGCCAGAGGGGUCCAGCCUUGCCACCUUUGCCAGGUCUGUCGGGUACAUGCAGCACGCCAAGGGGGUAGGUCCCGCCUUGCCUCGCCUGCCUAUAUAUUCCAGGGUUCAGGGCGACGGUGCCCCCCGUAGCGCAGGGGGGGGACCGUCGCCCCGGACCCUUUUCGGAGCCGUCUGCCGGGGGUGGAAGGCUUCCAGAGGGGUCUCGAGAGAGCCGGAGGGCCUUUGCAUGUACCCAACAGACAUGCGAAGCCGUCGAUUGCUGCAACCAAAGGGGGCGCUUCGGCUCGGCUUGCUGCCGCUGUCUCGUAUUGCGCUUCAAUCUGUGCGGGAGAAGACGCGCUGCGCCUGCCUCUUCCUAGGGGUCCAAGGGGUCUGCCUGCUCUGAAGACCGUGGCCGCAUUCGGCGGCCUUCUCCCCCGGAGGCCUCCAGCCUGCGAGGGUCAGCGGAGGCCAGGAGGCCCCUUAGGAGCAUGCAGAGAGGCGCAAGGGUGCGCCCGCGCCCAGCUUUGACGCCUUCCACCACUAGACUCCGCGAAAAUAAGCGCGGAAAAGAGCGCGCAAGCGCCCCCACAGGGCCACCCACACGGGGGGGCCGUGCAGCCCCGAGCCAGAUAGAACUUCUAGGUAAUAAUGUCUCCUAGGGGGGUCGAAUGUGCGGCUCCUCCGAUAUCCGUAGUUUUUGCGGCCGAAUGUACGGCCUUAUGCGCCCCCAGUAUGUAAUUUGUAUGAAAAAAUUAGUUGAACGAGUUGAUUAAUUGUUUGAAAGGGCGGUGGCAUAUAGUCCUAUAACUCAAAAAAAAAAACUCGGUGGUUAUUUUGAACCGCGACAGGGACACACACAUGACCUGGCGACUUAUUUUCUUUCGUCGAUCAAGAACUUCUUUACAUGGCAACAUAGUAUAGCGUCGUUAUCUAUGAUGUCGUCUCAAUUGCCCUAGUUGUCAUCUCUCCAAGCCUCUAAGCCUAGAGUCUAUCGGUCGCAUCGGGCCCGAUCCAAAGUGUUGCAGUUAGCUGCACGCCGCAUAUUCGCAGCCGCCGUGGAGCUGGAGAAGCAACGAGAAGCUGAUCGACAUGAGCGUAAAGCAAAGCAGGACUUAGAUUAUGACUCCUAAACAUAAUGCUGAUGCAAUUGAAGAAUAGAAGAAUUUACUUAUUUAUAUAGGUGGCAGUUACAACAACUAUUUCCUCGCUUGAGGCUCGUCGGCCACAGUGAAUACUGAUUCCCUUCCUUGUUUUAUUCCCAUGAUGCUGUCCAGUCAGCUCAGUGACUCGGUCAAUCGACCACUGGGUCAAUCGAGUUUGCAUUCAAUCAACCAACCUGUAAUGUUCAAUCUACCAGGCAAUCCCGUACUGAUCAUUGGCGAGUGCUACAACUACCAUUGGUGGCAACUCUUCUAAUUCAUGGAGCACCUGUAUCGACAAGGCAAGGACGCGGUGCGAGCUGCCGCUAGGCGCUAUCACUCUUGCUGUUCCAACCUCUUCUUAAGGCGCGAUUCAUACUGUUUGUUUCCUACUUAUCCUGUCCUAUCCGAUCCUAUCCCGAUGUAUGUUGAAAGUGUUCAGCUCUAAUACUCAUCGCGUCCUCCGGUAUGUUGAAUAGCGAUAUCCUCGCCAUGUGUGAGAUGUUGUCGAACAAGCUUGAUGACGCUCAGUUGACAAAACAAGGAGAUUCUGAUGGAAAACAAGGACAUUCUAAUCCACACGAACUUUUAAGGAGGAUUCAAGGUUAUUAUAAAACUCUUCCAGAAUCAUGA